ACUCUUGUUACGUGUUUCUCCCUUCAUGCAGAGGGGGUAGUUUGUGCUGCAGAGCGUGCACUCGUGCAGAGUUCAGCGGUGGUUCAGCGUUUUAAGCGGGAAAACAUUUGUCCGUAAAAGUCACUGUUCUCUAGAUUUUUGCGAACGCAAUUUAAGUGUAAAUAGUGAAGCUGUUAAAAAAUCAGCAAUUAUUAUUGCUUUAAUUUUCUCGCUGCUAUCAAUUUAUUAGUUCACUGUUCAAUAGUUAAUUGAAAAAUGGAAAGUCCACCAACUUGUAAUGCAUGUCACAAGACAUUUAGCAGCGUUUCGACAAAAAACCGGCACAUGAAGACAAUGCACAAUAUAAUGAUCGAAGAAAAAAAAUCGAAACACAUUCGUUGCCCUUUAUGCCCCAUAGAACAGGAAACUCUAGUAAACCAGGAAAUGCUAAUUAAUCAUUUAACAGAAAUACACAAAGUAAGUAUUAAAGAAUUUGACAUGAGUUUUAGAAAUAUGGAAGAAUUUCAAUUGUGGAGAUCGAAGGAAAAUAGAGAAGUAGAUUAUGCAUGUGCUAGAAGUAAAAAAACGUCAAAUGGUGACCAAUUAAUCUAUUACAAUUGUAACCGAAGUGACUCUUAUGGCUUCCAUAGUAGAUGUACGAAGAGGGGAAUGAAGACUGGGGGCACUAUUCGAAUUUCAGGAAUAUGUCCAUCAAGGAUAGUCGUUAGAAUCUGUGGAAAUGGUAUGGUGAAUGUAAAAUUUGUUGAAACACAUGUUGGACAUCAAAAUGAAUUAAGAACAAAAAGGUUAACGAAAGAAGAUCAAAUGAUAUUAGUGGAACAGUUGCAUGCAGGAGUAACAAAUGAAAGAAUACUACAGGAUGCACGAAAAAUCAAUGAAAACCAAUUGGAACGAAAAAAUUUAAUAACAAGAGGGGAUUUAGAAUAUUUGAUAAGGAAAUUUAAUGUGAAUAAAAGACGAAAUGCAGAUGACAUGGUGGCUACAGCUUUGAAAAUUGAAGAGUGGAAUAAAGAUGGGAAAAAUUAUGCAUUUUUAUUUAAGAGAAAAGGUGAAAGUCACCCUGACCUAUUAGAUACAGAUUUUGCAGUUGGAUAUAUGAAUGAGAUAAUGGAGAAGAAAUUGAAAGAUUUUAAACGAAUAAUUUGUAUUGAUGGAACACAUGGAACCAACAGAAUGAAUUAUGAGUUAACAACAAUUCUAAUAAGAGAUGAAGAUAAUAUGGGUUUCCCAGUGGCCUUUUUAGUUUCUAAUAGAUUGGAUACAUUAAUUCAGAAAGUUUUUUUUGCAGCGUUAAAGGAAAAAUUAGGUCACAUUAUUGAAGCUGAAUAUGUGAUGAGUGAUGAUGAUCCAAAAUAGUAUAAUGCAUGGAUUGACAUAAUGAAGACUGAAAGAAAACCACGACGACUACUAUGUAGCUGGCAUGUUAUUAAGAAUUGGAACAUUCAAGGACGAUCAAAGUUAAAGAAACAAGAAAAUAGACUCAAAAUGAAAAAAGAGAUGCGAAACAUUUUAAAAGAGACCAAAGUCGAAAAGUUUAUAGAACUUAAGGAAAAUUAUUUCAACCAUCUAAUGGAGGAAAAUGAAUUUUCUUUUUUAAAUUAUUUAAAAAAGUAUAAUUUUUAUACCAUUUCAAAUAGGAAAAGGGUGUAAUUAUUAUUACUAGAGCUGUGCGGUUGAAAUUUAUUUACCCCCACUAUCGGCCCACAGUGCCGAUCGCUACACAGCCUUGCCUUGCUUGCUUCUCGCUUUUCAGUUGUGGAUUAUUUUUGAUAAUUCACACAAAUAGUUUUAUUGUCAGCGAGACGGACACCUGAACAUUAUUAAAAUUAUGAUUACUCUUAUUUCGUGAAUAUGGAUUUUAAAAUCAUGAACUGACAUGCCGUUAACAUUAUUUUUCGCGUAAUUUUCUUCGCGAUACUUAACGUCGGUUGCAAGCCUAUGGCCUGCCGGAGUGGGGGUCAAUUCGCAGCGUUUAAAUUUCAACCGCACAGCUCUAAUUAUUACUUUCAGGAACUACUUUCAGAAUGAAGAUAGGAUCAUGAUGUGGGCUCACUGUUUUAGGAUUAAUGUUGGAAUUAACACGAAUAUGGCCAUAGAAUCCCUAAAUAAAGUAUUGAAACAUAAUAAAAUGAAGGGGAACCGUAAUAUCAGAAUUGAAAAAUUAUUAGACAUGUUAGAAGAACUAGUAAACGAAAAAAUGUGGAAAAAAAUUUUGAACACUGAAAGACCAAAUGCCAAUAAUUAUCAACAUAAAGUAACAGCAGAAGCACAUAAGAAGGCGGAAAAUAUGACAAAUUGUGUAGACACAAUUGAGUUUGGUAAGUUCAGGGUAAAAUCAUCAACAGGUAAACAUUUUUAUUGCGUGUCUUAUAAUUUAAUUUGUGAUAAAGAUUGUCGAAGUAUGUAUUGCAAUGAAUGUAAAGUAUGUUUCCAUAGAUAUAAGUGUGAAUGUCCAGAAUUUAGUGUGAAAACUGCUGUAUGCAAGCAUAUACAUGCGGUCGUUCUGUAUGAAAGGAGAGUGCAUGGAUCUGUUUUAGAUACUGUAAAUACAGGUACAGGAGAGCCUUCAAAUGCUAAUGAAUAUACCAAAAACAAAUACCAGGAUGACUUAAAUUUAUUUUUAGAAGAACAAAUGAGUGAAGGAAAUAAUCCAAUUGAUUUUGAAAGACAAAAAAAGAUUGAGCUAGAUGAAGUGGUUAAUUAUACGAUGAAAUUAGAUAAGGGGUCUUUUGAAAAGUUUAUGAACAUGUUUAGGAAUUUUAAGAAUAACCUGGAGGGUGCAGAGACGACUGAAGUACUUAAUAAGAAGAGGAAAAUAGAAAAACAGACGUAUUAUCCAAAUAGAAAAUAAAAUGGUAAAAUUUGUGAGAAAAUUAUUGGUGGGGGCAGUAGCUAGUCUGGUGGUAGAUUGCAAAUAAAACUGCUUUUAUAAA